GGGGACCGAAAUUAAGGAAUACUUGUUACGUUACCAACGGAUUAUUUUUGUCUGCAUGCCACAUAAAUAAUUACCAGCUGCUGCGCUCUUGUUGCACUCGUCAACAGCACGCAGUUGCUCAGCUCGAGGAACCAGCCAAUAACUCUUCCGCAACCCCCGGCUCUCCCCUUUCCUUUGCCGCAACAAUGCAUUGGUUCAAGAUCGAGCUGCUCGCGGCUGUGGUAGGGUGGGCUGCCACCUCUGCCGGCGCCAAUGUCCCCGUCGCCCACAAUUGGCUCAGGGGCAUCUGCCCGCGCGCAGAAGACGUUCAGGAACUCGGGAGGAAGCUCUCGUGCCGCGCCAAGAUCUAUUUCCCUGGAUCCGACGAGUUCGACGCCGCAUCAGCCCGGUGGUCUGCAUUGGGAGCCCCCAAGGUGAACGUCGUCGUGGUUCCUGGCACGGAAAACGACGUUGCUGAGACGGUGAAAUUUGCAAACAAGAACAACCUCCCCUUCCUCGCCUUCAAUGGCGCUCACGGAGCGAUCACCACGUUGGGGAAGAUGGAUCAUGGUAUCGAAAUCUACCUGAGCCAGUUGAACAGCGUCAAAAUCGCCGAGGAUGGGAAAACAGCAAAGUUUGGCGGCGGAACCAUGUCCAAGUUGGUCACCGACACGCUUUGGGCGGCUGGAAAGCAGACAGUGACUGGAACGUGUGAAUGCGUCAGCUAUCUUGGACCCGCACUCGGAGGUGGCCACGGCUGGCUUCAGGGACAUCACGGGUUGAUCGCGGAUCAAUUCGUUUCCAUGAAUGUCGUGCUGGCCGACGGGACCUUGACCACAAUCGACGCAUCAUCGGACCUCUGGUGGGCCAUGAGGGGCGCCGGGCACAACUUCGGCAUCGUCACCUCGGUCACCUCCAAGGUCUUCGACAUCCAGCACCGCGACUGGGCCAUCGAGACCCUCAUCUUCAGUGGCGACAAGGUCGAGGCUGUGUACCAGGCCGCCAACGACCAUCUCCUCCAGGGCGGCGCCCAGCCUGCGGAUGUCAUCAACUGGUCAUACUGGCUGAACAUCCCCGAGAUUGAUCCGGAAAAUCCCAUCAUCCUAUUCUACAUCAUCCAAGAAGGAGUGACAGCAGUCGAUCCGGCCUACACCACACCCUUCCACGACAUCGGACCGCUUUCCGUGGACCCCAUAGCAGGCACCUACGGCGACCUGGCCGGAUGGACUGGCAUCGCCGUAGAUUCCCCGCCAUGCCAAAAGGAAGGGCUCGUCAAUCCGCGCUUCCCCAUCUAUCUCGAGUCGUACAACGUCACGACCCAGAAGACGGCAUACGACGUCUUCGCAUCCGGCGCCAACGGAGCCUCCCCCUUCAGCGCCUCGAUCUUCAUGUUCGAGGGCUACUCCGUGCAGGGCGUGCGGGCCAUCGACAGCGACUCGGCCGCCUUCGCCUUCCGCGGCGACAACCUCCUCUCCGCCCCGCUCAUCACCUACGCGCCCGCCGGGCCGGAACUAGACGCCGAGGCCGCGCAACUCGGGAACCGGCUUCGUGAGAUCAUCCGCGAGGGCAGUGGCCGGGAGGAGGUGCACGCGUACGUCAACUAUGCCUACGGAGACGAGACACCGCAGCAGUGGUAUGGGUAUGAGCAGUGGCGCCAGGACCGCCUGCAGGCUCUCAAGGAGAAGUAUGAUCCAGAGGGCAAGUUUAGCUUUUAUGCGCCGGUGGCAUAGAUGGAGGAGCAGUGCCAGGGUUGUACGCCCAAUGAAUGGAAGUAAGAUAUAUAUUUACAGAGUAGUACUUCCAUCCUCUUUUUGGCAUAACCCAGCUUCGUGUAGCGAGGUUAGAUGUCUUUGCUGAGUAGGCCUUUUAAUAAAUUAGUAUCUUAUCUCUUCGAAAUCACCUACCCACAAGCUUCACUGCCUACCAACCCUGACCAGAGAAGGCACAAUGACGGGGCUAAACAUGAAGUUAGAUCCUCUCUUGACCUUGGUCAAACUUCAUCCAUCCCCUCAUAUCCAUGGGAUGAAGCCUGGCACACCUGAUAGACUCUCGACCGCGUGGCUACACCUUCCUCACCUCAGCUACCCCCCCUCCAACUGCCAC